CCAGUUAGCUAGCAAGGGAUUAAGGGAAUUUAGUUAAUGAUGACACAUUUAUUUAUCAAAGAAAACGACUGUUGGCACACCUGCUUUUUGGCUCAGAACUACCCUCUCUCUUUGGGUACAAGCAGAGACAACAGCGUCGAUUUUUAUCGGAACAGCCAGAGGUUUCCAGCAGGGUUUGCCCCAUAGCUUGGGUUUGCUUUGCUAACGUCAAGCAUCCAGCUACCAUUAUCAGGUAGCCGUAGUGAGUGAUAAGACAUUGGCAGUAGCCUUACCAUCAAAUCAACACCAACUGCUUUGCAUCACGGUGGAUUUGUGGUCAUUGGGUAACGUACAAAAAUGGAAGAAGAUUUAAUGCAGCAGGAGGAGUCCAACGACAGCGGCGAUUCAUCAUCUUCGCCCUUAAACUCCCCGCUCCGCUCGACUCGACUGCCCCUCCAGAGAAGUAAUGUCUGCUCUCGGGCUUACUUUGUUGUGGUCAUGGUCUUCUUCCAUGUCUACAUCCUGAAUGUUAUCGCCCUGCUGCUUUACGUGCACUAUAAUAAUGGCCCCGGGGAGCUAGUCAGUGGUGACCGAGCCUCCUCUGCAUCUGUCAGCGAGAUUGAAAGCCCUUUGACCCAUUCUGCCCCACCUUCAGGAGAGUCCUAUGUGGAGGACUACAGUCAAAGUUUCAGUCUCCCUCGCAUUGAGGGUAUUAGGGUGGGACAUAUUCAGCACCUGUCCCUUGUGUCAGACAGGACACACGAAAUGAAGACGCUCAGCCUGAAACCUCUGCUUUUUGAGAUCCCUGGCUUCCUGUCAGAGGAGGAGUGCCGUGUGGUGGUGCAGCUGGCUCAGCUGAAGGGUCUGAUGGGGAAACAGACGACAGCAUCCAGCCAGGGACAAGAGGAGUCAAACCAGCCACUGCUUUCUCUCAGCACAGAGGAGGUCUUCAGUCUGUUGGACCUAAACCAGGACGGUCUACUGCAGAAGCAUGAGAUUGUGAGUCACUCGCGCUCUCGAGAUGGGACUUGGUUGAGCCCAGACAACUUACGGCAGAUACUCACUGGUCUGGAAGCCUGCCCAACAGGGAUGCUGAACUUGGAGGAGUUUAGGCGUGUUUAUUAUGUGUCUCAGCGCUCAGGACAAGAGCGAAGUGGGAAGCUCCAGACUCAGUUCAAACAGAGAAAUAAACAUACGUGGCUUUAUCAAGGCUUGGGGUCCCACCACGUACUGCACACACUCAGGAACAGAGUUACCAGUCUGACACGUCUGCCUUCUGCAUUGGUUGAGUUGGGUGAGCCACUGCAGGUGAUACGCUAUGAGCACGGAGACUUCAGUGAUGCCCACCAUGACAGCAGCCCUGCCCAUUCAGAGACGACCUGCGCACACACGCGACUGGCGGGAAACACAUCUUCUCUUAGAGAGGUCUCAUGCAGGUAUCUUACUGUGUUAUUCUACCUCAGCUCUGCAGAGGAAGGUGGUGAGACAACCUUUCCUGUGGCAGACAAUCGAACCUACAAUGAGCAGGCUCUGGUUCAGGAUGGAGUUGAUUUGACAGACACCCAGGAGACAUGUGGUCGAGGAAAUCUGAGAUUGAAACCUACUGCUGGGACAGCUCUGCUCUGGUACAAUCAUCUUUCUGAUGGUAGAGGUUGGAUGGGUGAGCUUGAUGAGUAUUCCCUGCACGGAGAUUGCCCAGUCAAGCACGGCGUGAAGUGGGUCGCCAACAGCUGGGUAAAUGUGGACCCAGACUAUCAGCAGCAGGCCCGCUACCAGAGACUAGUUGCCCAAAGACAUCGAGCUAAGUCGGGCAUGGAGGAGUAUUACCAACCUCUUUCGCACAGUGACCUCCACCAGGAUCUAUAGCCAGACCCUUUUAUUGAUGGGAUAAAACGACCAUCAUUUUAAAACUGAGUCAGCCAGUGAGGCCGGGCUGAGUUUUCCACAAUGUCAGAAGCUGUAGUCAAAAUGAAAAAUUUGCACAAAAUAGGGUCCUAGAUAUCCUCUUCUGUCUUGCAUUAUGUCUCAUGUCCCCACCUGACCUGUUCACAUUUACUCAGUACAUACAUCAAUCUCAUUAGGAAGGUUAUAGAGUUAUAUAGUCAUAUAAAGUUGUGGUGGGCAGAUGCAUUGGUUUCUUCUCAAUUUAUAAUCAUAAAUAACAAAUAUAUUAAAUAGAGUGAAUUCCAUUUUCUAUGAACUCCCGCCUUAAACGAGAUAUCACUUAAUCAGGAUAACAGAGAUACAUGAAUCCCAUGAUGAGUUGGAUGCAGUCACGUCUAAAGCGAUAAUUCUGCCUAUCUGCCUUCUCAGUAGUUUUACAAGGCAUCUGCCCCUUUUGCAGGUCAGUGUUUUUUAUUAUAAUAGAAUUUAAGCCUUCUGUUAUGAGCCAUAUCACAAUACUCAUCCGUGAAUGUGUUCCAAGGGGCAUUUUUAUAAGAUCAUAUAUGUCUGUUUUGUUCUUAAGUUUGUUUCUAGAGUUAAUGAGCUUUUAUGAAAUGUUAUAUUUAAUAAGGGUUUACCACACCUACUGCAAAUGCAGUACUGUUUUAGUCUGGACUUGGGUCUUUGAUAUUGCAAUGUUUUCCCUUCUUUCCAACCCAAAAAUAUUUAAUUGUCAGAGUAUUUAUUUGAGUGUUAUUUAUUGUCACCUCUUGGUGAUUUAAGUUAAUGGAAUGCAUAUUUAUUACAG